GAAUUUACGCUGAGCUUCAUUUCUUUGAAUCUGGAGAAAAUCGUCAUGUCUGUCCUGUCCGAAAGCCUCAGUCUUCACAAGACAGUCAGGGAGCACUAUCUGUCUCUUGCCAGUGGUACAGAGUGCCAGGUGACGUACGUUUGGAUUGAUGAAGCAGGAGAAAAGCUACAAUGUAAAACCAGGACUCUGAAAAAAGAACCAACAGGACUCAGAGAUAUUGCAGAAUGGGAUACGGUCUGGUUAGAUUGUGGGACUUUAAUCGAAGUCACUUUGGUCCCGGUGAAAAUGUUUCGAGAUCCUUUCAUUCUUGACCCCAAUAAACUGGUGCUGUGUGAAGUGGUUGACAGCAACUGUGUGCCCAAAGGUAACAUAGAACUCAACAAUCGUUCAAAAUGUGCUAAAGUCAUGGAGGCAGUAAGAGAAUUUCAGCCCUGGUUCGGGAUGGAACAGGAGUACACACUGUUUGGUUUGGAUGGACGUCCCUUUGGUUGGCCUCCUUUGGUUGGAUUCCCAGCAAUAGCGAAUUGUGCUGUGGGCAUUGACAGAGUGUAUGGGAGAGACAUUUGUAUAUGUCACUAUAAAGCCUGUCUGUAUGCUGGUGUAAGGAUCUGUGGCACAAAUGCAGAAGCAUUAGCCUCCCAGUGGGAGUUCCAGGUCGGCCCAUGUGAAGGGAUUGAAAUGGGGGAUGAUCUGUGGAUGGCCCGCUACAUUUUGCACCGUGUCUGUGAAGACUUUGGAGUUGUUGCCUCCUUGGAUCCUAAACCCAUCGAGGUCGACGUUGGUACAGCAGGCUGUCACACCAACUUCAGCACCAAGGAGAUGAGGAGCCCAGGGGGACUUCAGUACAUUAAAGAUGCAAUCAGAAGGCUGAGCAAGCGUCACUCUCAGCACCUCCGUGUUUACGAUGCACACGAUGGCGCCGAUAACAUGAGUCGCCUCACCAGUGAACUCACCACCUCCAGUUACAAUAAAUUCUCUACAGCAAUAGCCUCUCGUGCUGUUAGUGUUCGCAUCCCUGGCCAUGUCAGUCGGAUGGGCUGCGGGUACUUUGAGGACAGACGUCCUGCUGCCAACUGUGACCCUUACACUGUGACGAGAGCUUUGGUUGAAACCUGUCUGCUGGAAACUCCUGGGAAAGAUGAUGAUGUGCAAUAAUGUAUUGCCAACU